AUGGCUAACAUUCCCCAUGGUGGAGUUCUUAAAGAUGCGCAUGUUCGAGAUGCUCAUAAGAAUGAAUCUUUACGAAUCGAAGCAGAAUCUUUGCCCUCUAAAGUAUUGACUGAUCGUCAAUUAUGUGAUUUGGAACUUAUCAUGAAUGGGGGAUUUUCUCCCUUAGAAGGAUUUAUGAACCAAGAUGAUUAUUUAAGUGUCGUGCACAACCUUCGGCUAAAAAAUGGGUAUCUAUGGUCAAUGCCUAUCACACUUGAUGUCUCUGAAAAAGAUAUAAAAACACUUGACCUUGCACCAGGCAGACGUUUAGUAUUGCGUGAUUUUCGAGAUGAUUCGCCAUUAGCUAUUUUAACAAUUCAAGAUAUAUAUCGACCAGAUAAAGUUGAAGAAGCAAUAAACGUUUUUGGUGAUAAUGAUGAAAAACAUCCUGGC